UUGGCCACCUCUACAAGUCACUGCCGUAUUUUUUUUUCACUCCCAACGAAAUCACUGAAAAUCGCGGUUAAACAAUGGCGAAGAGUGUCGGUUGUGCGUGCGCGCGAAUUGCGAUCCUUUUGGCCUUGUGCCAUGUGGCUAUUCCUGGCACAUCGGCCUGGUCCAACCAGGAGACUUAUGAUACUCUGGACACAACACUGCCCUUCCUUAAUGCCCAAGAGGUGGUGCGACUGACGACGGAUCAGCUGAACCGGCAAAAGAGAGCCGUUCCUGUGGAUGCAAAGCCAGACGCAACGAGCCAGUACCAGUCUGCUGUGAAUGUCAAUGCCAGUGCGACAGUGGGAGCUGGAGCAGCGGCUGCAGAGACCACGGUGACCACCGUGGACAACAAGGCGGACGGCGGCAGUGUGUCCUACAAUGUGCACAACGUCGGUGUCAAUGGCACUGGACAACGUAAGGCCUAUAGCGUGGGCGAGAGUGCGGCCACGGGGGCUGGUUCUAACUUCACCACCACCAUCAACAUGACCGCCAAGAAGCCCACCCAACUGGUGGCCCAGUCGUCCUUCCCCAAGAAGGUGGCCGCUUCCGCCGCUGUAGCCAUUACCAGCACGGAUCGGCCGGCGACCGAAAUCGAUGUGGACGUGGCCGGCGUGGAUGUGCCCGACGACGAAAUCGAAAAUCGGGUCAAGAACGAGUCGCUGGUGCGCAGCGAGGACUUCCACGAUUACUACAUCAGCGUGCUCUACGUCAACCCGGAGGAGGUGGCGUCGCUGUGGUCCCACCUGCGGACCACGCCGGAGAACACCCUGCUCUCCUCGUCGCACCGUCGCGCCAUGACCGUGGAGCUGAAAUUCGAUUUCCCCUUCUACGGACACUUUGUGCGCAACAUCACGGUGGCCACCGGCGGAUUCCUCUACACCGGCGAGUACGUUCACUCCUGGCUGGCGGCCACCCAAUACAUCGCCCCAUUGAUGGCCAACUUCGACACGAGCAUGUCCAAGGACUCGUUUGUCCGGGUGCAAGACAACGGAACCGCCUUUGUCGCCGUGUGGGAGAAUGUGACGCUGCAGGACAAGCCAGAUUUCGGCAAGUUCACGUUCAGCGUGACGCUGCACCAAAGCGGCGACAUUGUGUUCGCCUAUCUGCAAGUGCCCACGCACAUUAACUCCAUUCAGGACAAGGAGCAUCCGGUCAAGGUUGGCCUCUCCGACGCCUACAUCAUCGACAAGCACCUUUACUUUGCCCGACGAAAGACAAUCUACGAGUACCACCGGGUCACCUUCCAGCAGCAUGAGAUCACCAACUCGACCAUCAUUAGGCUGGCGGCCCAGCCCACCUGCCUUGGCUACAAUGACUGCACCUCGUGUAUCAAUCACAACACUUCGUUUACGUGCCUCUGGUGCUCGGCGCUGAACCGCUGCUCCACGGGAACCGACCGCAAGAAGCACGAGUGGCUCCAGAAGGGAUGUGAGACUGCCGCCGUCCGUGCCAUCGAGAGCUGUCCGGCGCUGGGCGAGAAGGGCAACAAUGCGGCCCCACCAAAGAGCGGUGCCGCGAACAGUGGCGGUGCAGUGGCGGGCAGUACGACAAGCCCCGUCACGGCGGCCACCGGCUCCUCCGCGGCAGUGACGGAGCCCACCGUGAUCAGUACGCGGCCGCCGCACGCCACGGCCCAGUACAAGCCGAAGGCGGGGGCCACCAGUGGCGGCGGCGGCGGCGGCGGCGGCAGCGGCGGCCAUACGGACGAAAAGGCCGGAAACGCCGAGUUUUCGCAGGCGGGAGCGGACAACAAGAGCGUGGGCAUGGCCUUCGGCUUCAUGGUGCCCAUCUGUCUGGUGUUCGCCGUCACGCUGUGGCUCUUCUACGCGUACCGCAAUCCUCACACCAAGAGCGGCCAGCUGCUCAUCCAGUCCAAGCAUUUACAUCAGUUCCGUCCCAGCCAGUGGUCAUGGAGGCGUGGCGAGGCCCGCUACACGGCGGCCACGAUACACAUGUAGGAGGUGAUCGCCGGUGACGUAGAGGGGUACAGAGAUCGCGACACGUGGGAGGGAGCUGCAGCUUUACCAACGACGAAGAAGAACCAACCAAUCGGAUCCUGAAAGAGCAGUAUAGUGAGCGGGGAACUGAGAAGCAAUUGACACCAAUUACGAUCACAACAUGGACGACUUGCUCAUCGAACCGGGCAAUCCCAUCUAUUUAAGACAUUUUAACCGCUCAGUAAUGUAAUGUUCCCAUGUCCAGGUCAAACAAAAGACAGAUUUUAAACUGAUUGUUGCGAUUUUGCACUAGAAACGCUGCCGAAACCGAAAAUAAAAGCAAUGGAUUUGUGUAGAGCAGUCCCAGUCGCAGUCCCCCGAAUCCACUAACUGCUCAAAAGAAAAAAAAAAAGACGACUGGCAACAGCAUGAAGUGAUCUUUUAAAUGUAUCUUUUUACCUUUAUACCGAAAUGACCCCAUAUUAUAUGUGUUUCCCCCGAAGACAACUGCAUAAUACUUUCAGACCAAUGGCUCCCACCAGGCCACGCACACACACCCACACACUCACACACCUAAUACCUAAACACACACACACACAGACACUCACAAACACACACACACACACAGACACUCACACACACACACACACACAGACACUCACACAGACAUGCAGACACAGGGCAAAGUGCUUUCAAUUGUUUAAUAGUUCAAUUUUGUUUAGUGUUUUUUAUCUUACUCUGUAUUCUAUCCAGAGGAAGGGCUGUAUAUUUUUUUGUGUGCGUGCGCGUUUUGCUGGACUCUUUGCCAAAAGUUCUUCCUCAUUCUGUGUAAUUUUUGUUCGUUUUUGUUUUAAGUGUGUGUAGCUUGGCAAAAAGCAAUUAUGGGAUAAAUGUAUUACUGUGAACAGAACACUCGGCGGCAGUUUUUCAUACUGUAUUAUACGCGAUUUGUAUGCAAGUUUUAUGUGUGUAUAUUGCGUGCACGGAUAUCACAUUUGUGCGAGCACGCAUAGACCUUAUAUAUAUAUAUAUAUACCUUAUAUAUAUAUAUACACCUUCAUGUGUACGCAUAUAUAUGGAUAUAUCCAAGACAACCUCUUCUUUUUGUUAGUAUUUUUUUCUAUUAAUUAAUAUUAAAAAUAAAAACCAAGAAAACAAACUUAUAUAUAUAUAUUAUUAAAUAUAAAAUUAUAACUAAAUGCGGUGUGAAAAGCUAAACUAAAUCCAUAAUUAACUAAGUAAGGGAGAUUGGAACAAGGAGAAGAGAUAAAAAUAUGAUUAUUAGAAAUAUCAAUAAAAUCAAACCGAUUAAACGCGACAGAAACAAACCGCAAAAAUUCAAGAGAAAAGAACUAAGAAAAUUGUAUAACAAUGUAUUUUGAUAAAGAAAUUAAACUUGUAUUUUAAGCUCUUCUUAUGUAUACAUGAUAAUUUAAAUAAAAAAAAUACUCAAAAAUCAA